UCUAUGGCUCUAUAUAUAGCUGCAGCGCACCGAGCCCAAUCAUCCCCCAUCGACCCUGCCGCAUACAGCCUUGAGCUAUACGGAGAGGGAGAGGCAGUAGCAGAGUGACAGAGAUGGACAUGGAGAAGGUGGAGAGGAAGGAGGUGGAGGUGGACGACGACGGCCGCGUCAGAACAGGGACGGUAUGGACGGCGACGACGCACGCCAUCACCGCCGUGAUAGGUUCCGGCGUGCUCGCCCUGCCCUGGAGCGUCGCGCAGAUGGGUUGGGUGCUCGGCCCCAUCGCCCUCAUCGGCUGCGCCUACAUCACCUACUACACCGCCGUCCUCCUGUCCGACUGCUACCGCACGCCGGACCCCGUCCACGGCAAACGGAACCACACCUACAUGGACGUCGUCCGCUCAUGCCUCGGGCCUAGGAAUGUGGUGGUGUGUGGACUUGCACAGUAUGCGAUCCUCUGGGGUACAAUGGUGGGCUACACAAUCACCACCGCCACAAGCAUCAUGGCCGUCGCGCGCACGGACUGCCACCACUACAGCGGCCACGACGCGGCGUGCGUCUCGUCCGGGACGAUGUACAUGGUGGCGUUCGGCCUCGUCGAGGUGGUCCUGUCCCAGUUCCCGAGCCUGGAGAAGCUCACCAUCAUCUCCGUGGUCGCCGCCGUCAUGUCGUGCACCUACUCCUUCGUCGGGCUGUUCUUGAGCGCCGCCAAGCUCGCGUCCAACCACGGGGCACGCGGCACCCUCCUCGGCGUCAAGAUCGGCGCCGCCGCGGGCGUCUCCGCGUCCACCAAGACGUGGCACGCCCUGCAGGCACUCGGCAACAUUGCCUUCGCCUACACCUACUCAAUGCUUCUCAUAGAAAUCCAGGACACUGUGAAGGCACCGCCAUCGGAGAACGUGACGAUGAAGAGGGCCAGCUUCUACGGCAUUGGCGUGACGACCAUCUUCUACGUGUCGCUCGGGUGCAUCGGGUACGCGGCCUUCGGCAACGCCGCGCCGGGGAACGUGCUCACCGGCUUCGACGAGCCGUUCUGGCUCGUCGACGUCGCCAACGUCGCCGUGGUCAUCCACUUGGUUGGAGCAUAUCAGGUGUACGCGCAGCCGAUCUUCGCGUGCUACGAGAAGUGGCUGGGUGCCCGGUGGCCGGACUCGGCCUUCGUCCACCGCGAGUACGCGGUGCGCCUGCCCCUGGUCGGCGGCGGCCGCGCGGUGCGGUUCACGAUGUGCAAGCUGGUGCUGCGCACGGCGUUCGUGGCGGCCACGACGGUGGUGUCGCUGAUGCUGCCCUUCUUCAACGCCGUGCUGGGGCUGCUGGGCGCCAUCGCGUUCUGGCCGCUGACGGUGUACUUCCCGGUGACCAUGUACAUCGCGCAGGCCAAGGUGGCGCCCGGCAGCCGCAAGUGGGUGGCGCUGCAGGCGCUCAACGUGGGCGCGCUCGUGGUCUCGCUGCUCGCCGCCGUGGGCUCCGUGGCCGACAUGGUGCAGCGCCUGGGCCAUGUCACCAUCUUCCAGACGCAGCUCUGACUCUGAAUCAAGGAUUCAGAACUUAUGGGAACGCGCUUGCAGGCAUACAUCAUACAUGCCUGUACCGUAUACUCACCUGUGAUAUUAUUAGUAUAUUGGUUUGGGAACAACUAAAAAUAUGGAGCAUGUAAGAUGGUAAGUCAUUCCAGCUAGAUUUCGUGCAUCGCAAGUGUGCUUUUAGGGGUGAAAUAGCAGACAGCACAAGCCCAGCUAAGCGUUGGGUUUUGUUUGAAGUAUCCUUUUUCUUCAAUUUGAUCACUUCGGUUUCGUGGUGUAGUUGGUUAUCACGUCAGUCUAACACACUGAAGGUCUCCGGUUCGAGUCCGGGCGAA